CCACUCGUAUAGGUAGUGUCUAUUAGCAUCGAAAGGUAUAUCGAAGCCUCUGUUCUAUUAAAAGUAAUGAUUUAGUUCUAAAUUAAUUGAAGAAAAAUAAUUAAAAUGGAGAACGCUGGAGAAAAUGGGACGGAAAUAAGAUCAAGAUUUCAGGAUCUUUGUGCUGAUUUAAACAUGGACAAAAGUGCUACUGAUGAGGCAUGGAAUUCAUUUCAGCGGAUCAGUGCAAACUAUACCCUAGAGGGUGAUUCCCUUCACUGGCUGGCUUGUGCUCUCUAUGCUGCUUGUCGAAGUGGUGUAUACCAAACAGUGGGUAGGAUCACUUCUGUGGAGGGUAACUGUGUGUCCUUGACUCGUCUUCUACGCUCCUGCAAACUCAGUUUAGUGCAGUUUUUUAAUAAAAUGAAGAAAUGGGCAGACAUGGCAAAUUUACCUCAAGAUACAAGAAACAAGGUUGAUCAUCUUGAAAGGAAUUUCAACGUUUCUACCGUAAUUUUUAAAAAAUAUGAACCAAUUUUUCUGGAUAUUUUUAAAGAUCCAUCCCAAGACCCCCAGCGACCAGUUAGAAGUAGAAAACAAAGGAAGCCACCAUGCAGUAUUUCGGAUGUCUUCUCUUUCUGUUGGACGCUCUUUGUUCACGUCAAAGGUAAUUUUCCUUCAAUUAGUGAUGACCUUGUAAAUUCCUAUCAUUUGUUGCUGUGUUGUAUAGACUUGUUCUAUGGUAAUGCACUUCUUGCUGACCGGAGAGACCUCCUGAAUGACAAAUUUGCUGGCUUACCUGAAAACUUUCAAAACAAGGAUUAUAAGCCACCUGUGGAUCCUCCAUGUACCAUUCAGUUUCUGUGUACGAAGCACCAGGGUAUUGUGGUAGAAGCAAAAGGGAUAAAAGAACACUGGUGGAAACCUUAUAUUCGUAAGCUCAUCAAGAAUGAGGAGUUAAAAGGCAGGGAAGAAACUCUCACAGGAUUAUUAGACUUGCCACAUUUUGAAUCUAAUAGCAAAGCUAUUAACAGAGCAUAUGAAGAGUAUGUACUAAAAGUAGGAGAUUUUGAUGAGCGAGUUUUUCUUGGAGAAAAUGCUAAUGAAGAAAUUGGUACCCCUGCCAAAAAACCUAACUUUAGUAAUGCAGAAUUUGAGGAAAAAUUGCAACCAAGAAAUUUAAAACAACAUUUAGAACAAACAAAUUCCCUUGCCCCUCCAACUCCAUUGACUAGUCGUGUAUACUUAAUGGACAAAGAAGCAGCUAAUGUCACCCCUGUUUCCACUGCAACGCAGAGUGUCAGUCGUCUUCAGAGUCUGCUGAAUGGAUAUAAAACAAGCCCUUCCGAUACACUGCUUGAACUGUUCAAAGAAUGUACUCGAAACCCCAUUGAUGACAUAUCAGCAAGAGUGAAGAAAUUGGGAGAAAUGUUUUGUACACGCUAUGUUCAGCCAUGGGAAGAUCAUCCUGGUUCCCAGUUAGAUUUUGCUAAGAAGCGACUCCAGCUUGGAGAAACGCUCUAUUAUAAAGUUUUAGAAAAUGUUAUGACAAAUGAAAGAAAAAGACUUCCACCUAAAACAGAUUUGUCGAGUCUCUUGGAAAAGGAUGAAUUUCACAAGACAUUAUUUGCCUGCUGUCUAGAAAUAGUACUGUUCUCAUACAAUUCUCAACGCACAUUCCCCUGGAUUUUGGAGGUGUUUGAUUUUUGGUCUUAUGACUUCUACAAGGUGAUAGAGCCAGUCAUUCGAGCUGAAGAAGGAUUGUCAAGAGACGUAGUGAAGCACCUGAAUCAUGUUGAAGAGCAGAUCCUGGAAAGUAAGGCCUGGUCUUCAGAGUCUCCCCUGUGGGAAGCACUCAAGUUAUCAAGACUUCCUGUCCCAUCUUGUGAAGAGGUUUCUCUGCCCAAUCAAUCUCACCCUAUUCAGUUUGGAAAUACAGUGCUACAACCCAUUUUAUCAUCUCCUCAGACGAAUACUGUUGUUCGACGGCUUGUAGGAACUAGAGAACUUCAUGGAUCUCCUGCCAUUCCUACACUGGCUGAUCGUUUUCAGUCUCCCAUUGCUGGCAGUGGAACACCAUCCACAGCAAGAAGACGACUGUUUGGAGUUGUACAAAACAACCAGUCGAGUCCAGUUGGACCAAUCAUAGUUCCUGUACGCCAGAGCACAGAUGGAGUGGUCACACAGAGUAGUCAGGCUUCAACACAGAGUCCAGGUCAAACCAUAGCUAUUACUAUACAAAAUGUACAAAGUAAUAAUGGAUUGGCUUGCUUAAUUCCUACACAAGUUACAAACUCACCUCAAUCAGAGAUACUUAUUCCAAAUGGUCCAAGUAACCUGUCAUCUGUCACACAUACUACUGGAGUUAAUGUUACUACUGAUUCUGUGACUGCUGCAACGGCUACAGAGACAGUUACUCCUGCCGAUCGAAAACCCAACAAACCUAAGCGAACAGGGUCUCUGGGGUUGUUCUUCAGGAAGGUAUACCAUCUAGCUGGGGUCAGACUCCGGGAUCUUUGUGAUCGGUUACAUAUCUCAGACGAUGAUCUCAGAAGAAAAAUAUGGACAUGUUUUGAGCAUGCUUUAAUGCAUCAUACAGACUUAAUGCGUGAUCGUCAUUUGGAUCAACUGAUGAUGUGUUCGGUUUAUGUUAUUUGUCGGGCAACAAAAGAGGACAAGUCUUUCCAGGAGAUCAUGAAAUGCUAUAGACUUCAGCCUCAAGCUGCUAGUCAUGUUUAUCGUAGUGUUCUUUUAAGUAGUAAGAAACGGCGAAACUCGGGCAGUAGUGAAAAUAGUGAAAACUCUGGAUCCAACUCUCCAAUUCCUGGAGAAGAAGAAAAGGACAAAGAUUCAAAGAGAACUGAGAGACUAAGCACAAUACGAUCCUCCAGUACUCUUCCUGUGCCUCAUCCUAGCAGCCAACCACCCACACCCACAAGACUUGCAGGAACUGGGGCACAUUUUGAGUUUGAUGAAUGGGGUGAUCUCAUUCAGUUUUAUAACAAGGUGUUCGUGCCAAAGCUACAGAAGUUUGCUCGCAAGUUUUCUCAGUCCAUUAAUGGGGUAGACUCUCCAACUCUCUCUCCACUCCCGAGGCUUAAUGCUAACCCAAUGUCACCUUGGCGUCGGGUAUGUAACAAGCAUUCUGUUUUCAUCAGUCCAUUGAAAAAUGCUAGUUUUCCACCUUCUCCACACCGACCAAUGAUGUAUAGCGUUAAUAGAAGUCCUUCAAAGGACUUACGAGCCAUCAACAACAUGGUACGAAUGGGUGAAAAGAAGGUUGGUAAACGUAUCCUUCAGGAUGAUGCCGAAAUGGAGUGUCCAACCAAACGAAAUUGUUCCAACUUAAGGAUGCAGAAAAUACAAAAUGUGAUCACCGAGCGGCAGGGACCAGCUGGUGGCACUACAGAGUGACAAUCACUUAAUACUAGUGUUUUAGUUUGAACACAGAUUGCUCUGAUAAUCUUCAUGUCUCUAGAAAUAAAUCUUAGUUAUGUAUCAAAAUGUUAAAAAUACAUGUUAUAGGCAUACAAAGGGGAAUGUUUGACAAACUGUUUUCUCAGUUGUACUUGCUUGUUUAAGUUUGCAGUAAUAUGAAGAGUAUAUGUGGUUAUGUUACUGAUUUUACAUUACUUAAUAUGUAGUUUAACUGAGACAACAUCAACUCAUGAAGUAUGUUUAGUGUAUCAGUAACUGUUAUCUAAAAUAAUUUAGUAUUUUUCCAUGUUUUAAGCUGUAAAAUGAACCCGUUUUAUCAGAAAAAAAAAUCUGUAUGUAUUCUUAAAUAUUCAAUUAAGUAUACAUGGAAUAUGUAUCAGAUUUUGUUAGCAAUUAGGUUUUUAAGAUUUUUUGAAUUACUGAAUAAUCAUGCACUUGUAAUUAGCUGUGCCACAUUGACAGUGAUCCUGUUUAAUUUUGUUUUUGUUGUAUUUUUUUAGAACAAAAUAGUUUUUUGUUUACUUUUCUUUGUCUGUGCAACAAAUUAUGACAGAAACAUGGCUGUGUUAAAUGUUUUUUGGUAAAACUUGUUCGAGGUAAUGAUAACCAACAAAAUGUUCCCUUCAUUUAGCAAUAAACAAACAAGUACAUGUACAAUUUAAACAAAAAAGCAUUGAUCUCAGUUUUUAGCUGCAAAUUUCAUAUUUGAACAAAUUAGUGAUUUAGGGUUAGAAUUCUGAAACAUUAAAAAGGGUUUUUAUAUGACAUGUUACUUCUUUGAAGGCCUUUUAUUUUCAUACAUCUUCAUCCUUUGAUUUUAACUAGACAGUAUAAAUAUAAUUCUUUAUUCAUUUACUCAAAAAAAAAUAGUAAUUACGAUUCGUGACAAAGAUUUUGU